CCACCACUCACCAGUCAGUAGCGAGAAGUACUAGUACUAGCUUGUGUGCUGUGACUGAGGAACGCGAGCCACCCACACCCUAGUACACCACCGUCCAAGGGCCAAACCCACCGACCACCAUGGCCGACGGCGCCGAUCCCCGCCGCGCAACCGGCGCUCCACGGCGCAGGGGGACUCCUCUCCGCGCAGGUGACGGUCGUACUGUGGCUCUCCCGCGGCCGCGGUUCGGCCUCGGCAACCUCCAACCGAUCACGGACCGCUUCGCGCCGCUCCUGGAGGAUGUCGUCGUCGGUCCAGACCCAGCACUCCUUGCCGAUGUUGUGAGCCGCCGCCGAUCUGGGGCUGGGUCCCAGGCAUCCUCCUCCGCGGCGCCGACGGUGGACGGCGGUGCCAGGGACCCAGGCUCCCCUGCUCGCCGGCUACCUCCAACAGGAACCGAACUCGAAACCCGUUGGGCAACCAACGAAUCAGGACAGCACCUCAUAGUCGGCAUCCCUAGUCACCGGCGACAAAGUCUCCUCUCUCAGGCUUCGUCCUCAGCCGCGCCAUCCUCCCAUCAUCCUGGAGCUGAAGGCAGAAUACGUGUUCGACAAAGUGUUCUCUAUUCAGACCGCCCAAGGCAUUCUCGACCAAGAAGACUGGCAAGGGCUGAGGCUAGCGCAGUGAGAAGCAGCGAGCUUCAUAGGCCGGUUAUGGAUUUGCCAACAUUUGAAGCGCUGUCUUUGGGUGACCCUUCACUUUCCACCCCAGAAACAGCUGAAAUGACCACCCCAGAAACAGCUGAAAUGACUAAUUUUGAUUAUGCACCUCGUGCUGAGCAACAGGAGCAAACCUAUGUGGUGAACAGCAGUGAGGUUGAUAGGGAAGUUAUAGAAGAGGCACUGUCAUUAAGUGACCCCCCACUUCUGACCCCUCAAACAGAAACAGAUGGAGAGUCUACUGAUGAUGACUGUGCAUCGUUUCCUACUACUGGACAGACUGAGUUCUUUUUUAACCGACCAAAAGGUCUAUCACUAUCUAUGGUGCUGUCUACGCCCCUUUUUAUAACUGUACCAAAUGUCAAGGAGGAAGGCCCCAAGCUAUAUUCAGAUGUGGACCCAAAGUAUGUGCAGCGUAUGGUUAAGGAAUACUUAGAUGCACGUCCUUGUAUGAACCUCCGUGCAACUUCUUAUAACAUUCUGGCUGUUGAGGAUCCAACUGAUGCCCGUGCUGCUGAAUUGGGUACAGAAUCACGGCUACCCAAUGUUAUUACUGAACAGACUUCUGUUGCAGCUGCUCACCCUCGUAUGGUACCAACUGAAUCAAGAGGAAGAUGUUGGUCUCAAACUAGUUAUGGAUUCAGGCAUGAAGUUUCAGCAGAAGAAAUUAUUCCGACUGGAAUGGCCUGGAUGAAGGAGGAGGUGAUGCUCUGUUUCAAGAAGCUCAUUGACAUAAAUCGAGAUCUUGCGGGGCUGGAGGACUACCACCUUGAUGAACUUCAGCACCAGUGUUUUAAUGUGGAGAGCUAUGACAAGGUGUACCAUCAUUAUAACUUCACUGUGAGGAUGAAGAUGCCAGAAGCUGAUUGGAAGGUGAAGCUGUAUUUUGCUGAAGUGAAGGAGGUUUUCAGGAAAAAAUAUUAUUUAUGCUAUCCAUUGGAUCCAAACGAAAAUGGCCAAUGUUAUGCAUGCAAGAACCAAGGAAUGGAAGAUCUGAGACACCCUGCCAUUGACCUAUUUGAAAUGGGCUCGCCUGAUGCUUCAUGCAAUUUAUGGUACACUGAUGAUGAAAGUGACGAGGAAACAAAAGUAACACGUUUUGAGUCUGACAGUUUGGAUCUCGGCAUUUUGUUUGGUAGUUAGGUUUGGACAUGAUGCUCCAGGUUCCAGUAGUAGGUAAUUUAUUGUAUCCGAACUUCUGUACCAGCAGGAUGUAGGCAUACAUGUAGCUAAGCAGUUCAUUUGUAUGUGCGCGCGUGUGUGGAUCUUUCACUAUGACUGAGAUGGUAUUUCAUAUAUAUCUGCUUAUGUAGUUUCCUGUGUGCCAACCAAGUUACUCCUAGUUGGCUCACGAACUUGGUGACAUUUCACAUAUUUUGCUACUCCAUUCAUCUCUGAUAAGACAUUAAUUUUAA